CUUCUUCUUCAAAGUUCAAACCUUUCUCCUCCGGCAGUUUGGGAAUUCCAAAUUCUCAGAGAGAAACCAAAAAUGGCGUCGUGGAAUUCAGUUCCGCUAGAAAUCACAUACCAAGUUCUGGGAUGGUUGGCUUUUAUUUCAUGGUCCAUCAGCUUUUACCCACAAGUCAUCUUAAAUUACCGCAGAAAAAGUGUUAUUGGGUUGAACUUCGAUUUCGUGGUGCUGAAUCUGACAAAGCACUCGUCGUAUCUCAUUUACAACGCCACCCUCUACUUCAGCUCCGCCGUUCAGAAACAGUACUUGGAGAAAUAUGGCCUCGGAGAGAUGAUACCUGUAGCAGCGAAUGAUGUUGCCUUUUCUAUUCAUGCUGUUUUGCUGACAGCAAUUACCUUGUUCCAGAUUGUGAUUUACGAACGUGGAACUCAGAAGGUGUCCAGGAUUUCCAUUGGAAUCGUUGGAGCCGUUUGGUUAGGUGCUGCAGUUUGUUUCUUCGUAGCUUUGCCAACCCAUUCUUGGCUCUGGCUCAUUUCCAUUUUCAACUCAAUUCAAGUUUUUAUGACAGCCAUCAAAUAUAUUCCGCAGGCAAUCUUCAACUUCACACGGAAGAGCACAAUUGGGUUUAGCAUUGGCAACAUUUUACUUGACUUUUCUGGAGGGGUGGCAAAUUAUGCACAAAUGGCAGUGCAGUCCAUAGAUCAAGAUUCUUGGGUGAACUUUUAUGGAAAUAUAGGGAAGACACUGCUGUCUUUGAUAUCUAUAUUCUUUGACCUUCUCUUCAUGGGUCAGCAUUUCGUGCUGUAUCCUGCCAAGGGAGCACUGAUCUCUCCUAAAAAAAUUAAGGAAGAGAGCGCGGAGCCACUCGUUAAGUCGUCUGAUGAUCCAGUAUCUGAAAAUGUAUGAAGCCUCUGGUUGCUCAAGAGUGAAGAUGUUAGCUGACAUCUUUCAUGUAGGAUAGGAAUUAGCCAACUAUAUAUGUAUAUGUACAUGUUCUUGUACUUUGGCCGGAGGAUGUUGUUCUACCAUCUGUACAGAAACAACUAAAUG